ACCCAACCAUGGAUGAAGCAUCAAAGACUGUCACCUCCCAAAGUGCAGAGUGUCCAGUGUGUCUUUCUACAUUCACCGAUCCCAAGAUCCUGUCUUGUUCUCACACUUUCUGCAAGAUUUGCCUGGAAAACCUCUUAGAGUGUCACGGUAACUCCCAGAUCCGAUGUCCUGUCUGCAGAGCCGUCACGCAGGUUCCACACCAAGAUGUCGGCAAACUACAGGUAAAUCUUGCUUUGAAAAGUCUGAUAGAUGACAUGAAGGGCCAUCCUCAGAUUUGCACUAAUUGUAAAUCAAAUGACAAGCCCCAUGCUGAUGUCUACUGCCAAGAAUGUUGCAAGUAUCUCUGCACCUCUUGUCUUACUGCGCACUCUCAAUGGCAAGGCUUUAAAGGCCAUGAAGUCAUAGCCAUGAGCGAGAUCUCAUCAGGAAGAGUUUCAGUCCGUAGAUACCGCAAGUGUAGGAAUCACCCGAAAAAGGAUGAGGAUUACUUCUGUUCCACCUGCAGGAGAUUCACUUGUUUCGAAUGCGGUAGGAUAAAACAUAAAGACGAGGGACACCAGGUUGUUGAGGGAGCUGUUUAUGAAGACAAACACAUGAAGAAAAUCGAAGACCUGAAAUCAAAGGUGGACAAGAAAAGAUCAUGCUUUCAGAAGUACAUUGAUUUCAUAGAUGACCAAUGGAAGAGUGCUGACAAUGCUAAGAAACGGUGUACCAAGGACAUAAAAAAAACAUACGAUGAAGCAGUCAGGCAGUUGACAAACAAGAGAGAAAGCCUACAGAGAGAAGUCAAGGAAACGACUGAAGGAGUGGAGAAAGAACUGGAAAGUAUGAAGACCACGGCCCAGAAGCGCAUCAAUCAGUUGACGACCAUUGCUGACAUGGUAACGAAAAGAACGAAGAUACCGUUAGAUAUGGAUACUCUGGCUGCACACGACACUCUGUGUGAAGAGUUACGAGAGGUGUUGGAUCAAGAUGAUCCUGACUACGAGCAGCCGAGAAAAUCAAGCAAGAAGGGGAGAAGUGUAUUUAAGAGAAACAUUGGAAAGAAUGAGCUAGGCCUUGGUAAGAUUGUUAAUGUGGUUGGAAAGGCUGAACUUGGCAUUUGUAAGAUUGUUCAUGUAAUGAUUAUAAUAAUAGUUAGUUUUUGUAUAGCUCAAAUCACUCUACAGCAUAACAUUGUAGUAGGACUUGGUAAGUUUGUUAAUGUAGGCCUAGUUGAAAAGAACGUCGUUUUGCCUACUUAUAAUAUUGCUAAUGUAAAGAACGUUGCUUUGCCAGCUAAAAAUAGCAUGAAUGCCAUGGUUAGUACACCAGACGGUAGGAUGGCAGUAGGAUAUCAUACAGGUGGCAUCUCCAUCUUCUCUGCUGAUGGUAAGCUUCAGCAGACAGUUCUGAAGGAUGUUAACAUUUUUGGGGUAGGGUUCCUCUCUGAUGGUCGAUGUGUUGUGAUUGAUACUUCAAACAACAUCAGAUUAUACACACCAGAGUACACAAAAUUGAAUGUAAUGUUUAAGACUCUAAGUCGAGAUGAAGGUGGGUUUUCUAAGCUCACUGUUGAUGAUGAUGAUCUGAUCUAUGUGAGCUACAGGAAAGCCAAGAAGAUAUUGGUAUUUUCAACAGCAGGUGGGCAAGCAAUCAGGGAGAUACCAUGUAACGGGUAUGUACCACAGCAAAUCACUAGUUACCAUGGUUCUCUGAUCACUAAAUCAGAUGAUACUAUCAGAUUGAUAGACAAAGAGGGUGCUAUACAACAUGAAUUAAAGAAACCGGGUAGUCUCCUUUACGCUGCUGUAUCUCAAUGGAAUACAAUCCUGAUAGCCAAGGUGAAGCAUGGUGAAGGUUUGGUGAGCAUUGACGAGUAUACAUAUGAACUAAGACACAUCCGAAACCUUGUUAAUGAUUACAAGAUUGAGAAGCCUGAUAGAAAUUGGUAUUACCUCCAGCAGUACCGAUCAGGAGAGAUCGCUUUCUGCACCCCGGAUAGACUCUAUAUAUUCCGAUAAAUAUAAUGGAGGGGGGGGGGGGAUGAUACCCACUGAGUUGCCAUUUUGUGCUAAAGUUAGCAGCUAUUAUUUAGAAAUACAAGAAACGGUUGCUGGAUAAUUUCUUUCUCGUUUCUCACCCAUAAAAAGCAUUUCGCUCCUUACAUCUUUUUAUUUCCAUCUUUGCAUGUAUCAAGCAUCAUCGUUAUCAUGUGUAUCCUGUUUUGGGAAAAUUCUCCUACUUGACUAUCAGACAUAAUGUUAUUAGAUAUUUCAUGAGAAAUCAAAAUGAUUCUCGAUCCAUAUAAAUGUGUAUGAUAUUUGACUAGUAAUGAUCAUGGUGGUAGUGAUGUCUUAACCAUUGUUAUUAAAAGAGUGUAUAUUAUGCUAUACUGUUUGUGCGCGUAUACUUGUAUUCUUAUGCAUAAAUUGGAAUAUAUCGUUAUUCUAUGCUAUUAUUCUAUCUAGACAUGAUUAUAAUGUGUAAAUACAUAUAUUAUCUUCAUCUGAUACGGAAAUGGUCUGAUCUACAUUCCUCGAUGAUUUUAGAAGCAGUUCAAUAUGAAAAUGCAAUUAUCUGGAAUAACUCGAAUGUGUAACGCUAAAAAAAAUAUUGCAUUUCACAAAAUGGCACGAAAUAUGCAUAAAAGGUCAACGUCAACAGAUUUCAUUUUUUUCAGCUUUGCUAUUAUCAAGCAUUAUCUUCAUCAUGUUUAUCCUAUGUGGGGGGUUUUCUAGUUCUUGUAUUUUAGACAUAAUGUUAUUAGAUAUUUUAUGA